GGCAGAACCUGGCACUAUAUAAGGCCCUGAGCUCCAGUCCCUCUACAUCUCUACAACACACCAGGCUUCAGUCAUGAGGAUCCAUUACCUUCUCUUCGCAUUUCUCCUGGUGCUGCUGUCUCCACUUGCAGCCUUUACUCAAAGAAUCAACAAUCCAAUAACAUGCAUGUCCAAUGGAGGCAUAUGCUGGGGUCCGUGCACUAGAGGUUUGCGACAGAUUGGCAGCUGUGGUCUUCCUAAAGUCAGAUGCUGCAAGAUAAACCGGAUAAAAAGACCAAGAGCCAGCGAGACGAAUAAAUCGCCAGAAUUCGCUACCCCGUGA